CCCCCCACCCGCUCACCACUCCCCCUCGACUCCCACUCUCCCACGACCGCAACUGCGAACGCGCUCCUCCGGCCAAUAACACGACCCAGCAUCUCCGGACAAGACUCCCGCUGAUUGCGGCAUUUUCCCAAACACCUCCCCACAAUGGCACAGCAGCAGCAGAAUGGCGAGCCUGUAAUGCGCAGGAAGUUGGUCAUUAUUGGCGACGGUGCUUGCGGCAAGACUAGUCUUCUGAGCGUCUUCACUCUCGGAUACUUUCCAACACGCUACGUCCCAACCGUUUUUGAAAACUACGUCACCGACUGCAGAGUAGACGGCAAAUCCGUACAACUCGCCCUUUGGGAUACCGCCGGCCAAGAAGACUAUGAGCGCCUCCGUCCCCUUGCCUACUCCAAAGCGCACGUCAUCCUCAUCGGCUUCAGCGUCGACUCCCCCGACUCCCUCGAUAACGUCAAGCACAAGUGGGCAGAGGAGGCCCGCGAACGCUGUCCCACCGUCCCCAUCAUCCUCGUCGGCCUCAAAAAAGAUCUCCGUGAUGACCCCCUAGCACAGGAAGAAAUGCGCAAGAAGAGUCUACGGUUUAUCACACCGAAACAAGGCGCAGAUAUGAAAGAUAUGAUUGGCGCGAGGAAAUACCUAGAAUGCAGUUCCCUGACGGGGGAUGGCGUGGACGAUGUUUUUGAAGCGGCGACGAGGGCCGCGCUGCUGAGUGUGGAUAAGAAGGAGAAUCCUGGGUGCGGAUGCGUUGUUCUGUGAGACUUUUCAUCAAGAGUCUCUCGCUGCAUCUUAUAUCUUCUUCUUAUCUUCAUAUCACACACUGCAUUGGGCGGAGUCACGACAAACUGGAGUUGGUACGAUACAUUUGGGGCUCUUCAAUUUUCAGCUCUCGAUUCUUUUCUUCUUUCUUCUUCU